CGUGUAACAAGCUUUCCCAUCCUCUUCAAUCCCUCUCUUUUCAUCCGCGCUACAAGUGGCGAAUCCCGAAGAUGGUGAAAUCGUCGCUGAGCCGCUUCAAGAGCUUUGAUGCCUAUGCCAAAACGCUUGAUGAUUUUAGAGUCAAGACAUCGACUGGUGCUGCAGUCACCUUUCUGAGUGCAUUCAUCAUCCUCGUAUUAUUAAUUGGAGAAUUCCUCGACUACAGAUCUGUUCGUAUAGAAUCUUCCUUAAUCGUAGAUGGUGGUCGGAAGGAGAAGAUGUCUAUCGACUUUGAUAUCACAUUCCCAAAGAUCCCUUGUUACAUCUUGACGCUGGACGUCAUGGACGUUGCAGGAGAGCACCAAAGCGAUAUCACACAUUCUGUUUACAAAGUCCAACUAGCACCUGAUGGCACUGAAAUUAAACGUGAAAGGUCGCAAAAUUUGGGCAAUACGGGACCUGACCCAAAGGAAGUUGGCGAAAAUUACUGUGGAGAUUGUGGAGGGGCUGCAAGGCCAGAGAGUGGGUGCUGUAACACGUGUGAAGAUGUCAGACAGGCAUAUGUUCGCUCUGGAUGGUCAUUCAAUCAUCCUGAAGGCAUUGAGCAGUGUGUUCGCGAGGGCUACAUGGAAAAGAUGAAGGAACAGGCGAAUCAAGGAUGCAGAGUGCAUGGUAUGCUUACUGUUAAUAAGGUCACAGGAAAUUUUCAUAUUGCACCUGGUCGUUCAUUCCAGAAUGCCAAUAUGCAUGUGCAUGAUAUUCAGCAAUACCUCGAACAUGGACUCGACUUUUCGCAUCACAUCCGGCGUUUGACAUUUGGACAACAUGUCCCCAAUGUUCAGAACCCUUUGGAUGAUCAGCAUGUUGAUGGUGCAGAGGGGCUAUACAUGUUCCAGUACUAUAUCAAAGUUGUUGGUACUACGCACCAUUACAUGAACAAGCCUCCUGUUAGGACGAAUCAAUAUUCUGUUACUCAGUUCAAUCGAAACCUGCAUUAUAAAGAUGAGCAUGGUCGUGUUCAUCAGCCAAACGGAUUGCCUGGUGUAUUCUUCAAUUUUGAUAUCUCACCCAUGAUGGUAGUUCAAGUUGAGGAGCGCAAGUCGUUUACAUCGUUUUUGACGGGAGUGUGUGCUAUUGUUGGAGGUAUUUUCACGGUGGCAAGCAUCAUUGACGGUGCGAUUUGGCGAGCAGAAAGGACAUUAAAGCGAAAGAUGGAACUUGGCAAGGCCCUGUAGUCAGAAAACUUUAAUUACAAUAAUCCAGCUGGCAUUGGCAAUUCAAUAAAAAAAGAUGAUGACAGACGCACAUCACUCAAAC